AUUCACUUGCAUACAAACCCUAGCAAAAGUGAGAUGGGAGCUCUAAGUCGUUAGUCAGUCAAUAGCCAACAUGAUACCUAUAUAGCUAGCUAUCAUAGAUAUACCUUUAGGGUUCUAACAAGCAGGAGGAAGAUCAUGAAUUUUAACCAAAGUGGAAUCGAGGUAAUUCUUCACGUUUAGGAAUGAAAGAGGGAUACCAUUUUUGUAAAAUGAAAGGUAUACCAAAUAAAAACUUUGGCCCCCUUGACCAGAUAAUCUCAUAAUCUUUGAAUUGAGUAAAACGCAAUAGGAAAAACCAUCCAAAAGAGAAACAAGAGAUACUAUUUUUAGAUGCCAAAUUUUUUCAUGGCAAAGAGUAAAGCCUCAUAGUAAGGGCACUUAUUAAGAGAGUAGCUAAUAAGAGAAGUUGCCAAUGUUUCACAAUGUUCUCAGGUUGAUCAAAGGAAAAGUUAACAACAUUAUCAUUAGGAGGAAGAAAAGAAACAAGACAAAUCUACCGUAGAAGUGUCCCAAGAAGAAAGCUUAAUAUUCCAUUUAAGGGCAACGGUGAGAUCAUCUGUGAUAGGGUUGGUAGUCUUCGACGAAUAGGGUCCCGAUCGAGACCAAAGGUGAAAAGCCAAUGAUGGAGAGGAGAUCCCUCGCAUCCAUCUAAGAAAGAUGUGGCCUCUGGCAAAGUUGGAGACCAAAGGAGGUGGAUGAACAAAAUGUGUGGCAGCUAGGGUUUCCAAAGGCCCCAGAGUAUUCGAAAGCAAAUAUUUGGAGGAGUAUCUAAGAGAUGAUUUUAGGGUUUAGAAGUAUAGGAGUUAGAAAUACAUAAUAUUGCAAACAUCUUUGAGAUCUAAGAUAGACUCCUAAAAGAAAAGUAAAGCAAAAAAAUCUAUUAAAGUACCAAACCUGUUGCAAAGGGACAAUGGAGACAUAAUAGUGGAACUAUCGCAUUAACACAAUAAGAGAGAGGUAUAGUAUCCUCAAAGCCUUCAUAAUAUCAACACAAUUUAGUAUGUGUGAAUUUAGCAAAUCUGUAGUGGUAUUGCACCUGGUUGAAUUUCUACUGUUCAAAUCUCUCUCCUUUUAAAAUGUCGUUGCGAGAAAGUCCAACUCUAGCAAUAGAUUUUUUUUCCUUCCAGACAUGUUAAAAUAUUAAAGUUUGACUUCUAUAAUGAAGACAAACUUGGGGAUGUUUGGUAGCAAGGAGGAUUUCUAACUUCAAUUAAGAUUUAGUAAAUAUUAUAAAUCCAAAUUUAAUAAGUCCUAGAGGCAUUAAAUACUAAAAAUUAUUUGCACGAUAGAUGUAAUUAAUUUCAUCAAAUCUUAGUAAACUAUUUGGCAUAUAUAGCAAAGAGAAAAAGAAUAAAUAUCAUACUUACUCUAGGUUUAUGAAAUCCAGCAUUUAGCCUAUAAUAGAAUGAAAUUGGGAUUUGAGAGGAAUUAGUGAAUUACGCUGUUAAAAGAACUAACUGACAAAAUUUAGCUGAAAUCCUAGCUUUUUUUGUUAAAUAUUGCAAGUAAAUAGCAACUUGGUGAUAGAAAUGUUAUAAGAAUAUACCUGAAAUAAUUCUAUUAGAACUUCUUGUAUUCAUCCAUCACUAUCACAAACAAAGGCAAAGACUUCUAUCAUGAAAAACAAAGUACUCUAAGUUCUUCAAUCUUUAUGAUGUAAAUUUUUUUCUUCAUGGGAUUUCUAUGUUAUGGAGAUUAUGAUAAGCAUUAUUUGACUUAUUUUAUUUUAUCUUAUUAUUUUGGCAGAGGAUUGGGGCCGAACAACUUUAGUGGAACUCUUCCAGCUAAGCUAGGAGGCCUUUGGAACCUACAACAAUGGGACAUGACUAGUUCUGGAUUAAGUGGCGAGCUUCCAACUUCUCUUUCCAAUCUUACGGCCAUGCAGACAUUGAUGAUGUCAGACAAUAAUUUUACAGGCAAAUUACCAGACUUCAUUGGAACUUGGUCAAACCUACAAGUUUUGAGGAUACAAGGGAACUCCAUCAGUGGUCCAAUCCCUUCAAGUUUUUUCUCUCUCUUCAAACUUAAUGAUUUACGCAUAGGAGACUUAAUAAAUAGGUGUUCAUCAUUGGAAUUUCUUGGGAUCAUGACAAAUCUAAACACACUAAUCUUAAGGAAUGCCAAGAUUUGUGCUAGUCUUCAAUCAAUCUUUGACUUUGCGUCUUAUACAAGUUUAGUGACAUUGGAUUUGAGCUUCAACAACAUCACAGGCAAUAUUCCACUAUCUCUACUUAGCCUGAGCUCCCUAAACUUGUUAUUCCUUGGGAAUAAUAGCAUAACAGGCACCUUACCUGAAACAAAGAGUUUAACACUACGUAAUAUAGAUCUAUCAUACAAUCAAUUGUCAGGGAGCUUGCCAUAUUGGGUCAAUGAACCAAACUUAGCGUUGAACUUGGUUGCCAACAACUUUGUCGCAGACAAUUCCAAUAACAUUGUCUUACCUUCAGGAUUAGACUGUCUUCAAAGAGACAUGCCAUGUUAUCGAGACUUUCCAGCUUAUUAUCAAUUUGCAAUAAAUUGCGGUGGAGGUGCAAAUGUGACGAGUUCUCUUGGAACUAACUUUGACAUAGAUAAUGCUAAUCUCAGUGCAACAUCAUAUUUUGUUACUAAUUUAACAAAAUGGGCAGUAAGCAAUUUUGGAAGGUUUAUAGAUGCCUCAAUUAAUCCUAAUGCAAAUUAUAUAAUUAGUUCUCAGAUCCAAUCCCAGAACACACUUGAUUCAAAAUUGUUUAAUACUGCAAGGAUGUCACCAUCCUCAUUAAGAUACUAUGGCUUGGGACUUGAAAAUGGGAAUUACACAGUAAAGCUACAGUUCUCUGAGAUUGGAAUACCAGAUCAACCAACUUGGACAAGCUUAGCUAGAAGGGUUUUUGACAUUUAUAUACAGGGCAUGCUUAAGGAGAAGGACUUUGAUAUAAGAAAGGAAGCUGGUGGGAAAUCUUUUAGAGUAGUCUUGAAGGAGUACCAAGCUCCUGUAACAAACAACUUCUUAGAAAUACAUUUAUUUUGGGCAGGAAAGGGCACAACUUUUAUUCCUAGUCCAGGAUAUUAUGGGCCAUCCAUUUCUGCAAUCAGUGUAUCUCCUUAUGAUUUCAUUCCAUCUGUGAGCAACAAACCCCCACAUUUCUCUUCAUCAAAUAACAAUACAGCUCUAGUUUUAGGGAUUGUAUGUGGUGUUGUAGUUUUGGGACUUAUCGUGUCUGCGAUAUUAGUGUGGAAACAUAAACAAAAAAAUCUUAACAAAGUUAAUGAAGAGUUGUUAGGAAUGACUGCUAUACCAAAUACAUUUAGCUAUUCUGAAUUGAGAACAGCAACUGAGGAUUUUAACCGGUCAAAUUUUCUCGGAGAGGGAGGAUUUGGGCCUGUAUUCAAGGGAAAACUACAUGAUGGAAGAAUGGUAGCAGUAAAGCAGUUAUCAUUAGCAUCUCAACAAGGCGAGAGACAAUUCAUGGCAGAAAUAGCAACUAUAUCAGCAGUUAAACAUCGCAAUCUAGCUAAGUUGUAUGGUUGUUGCAUUGAGGGAGACAAAAGACUCUUGGUUUACGAGUACCUAGAAAAUAAGAGCUUGGAUCAAGCUAUUUUCAGGAAAAAGGAUUUGCAUCUUGACUGGAAAACACGCUUUGAGAUUUGUUUGGGAGUAGCAAGAGGCUUAGCCUAUCUUCAUGAGGAAUCAAGUGUGAGAAUUAUUCACAGGGAUAUAAAAUCUAGCAACAUUCUAUUAGAUGGUAAUCUUACCCCAAAGAUAUCAGAUUUUGGUUUGGCAAAGCUUUACGAUGAUAAGUGGACUCACAUUAGCACAAGAGUUGCAGGCACAAUAGGUUAUUUGGCACCUGAAUAUGCUAUGAGAGGGCAUUUAACAGAAAAGGCAGAUGUCUUCGGUUUUGGAAUUGUUGCUCUAGAAGUUCUGAGUGGAAGGCGUAAUUCAGACCCCUCUCUGGAGGAAGAGCAAAGCUACUUACUUGAUUGGGCUUGGCAUUUAUACGAGCAGAAGCAUGAAUUGGACUUGGUGGAUCCAAGUCUAUCAUCAUUCAAUAGAGAUGAAGCCACUCGAGUAAUUGGUGUUUCUCUUUUAUGCAUCCAAGCAUCGCCAACAUUACGGCCGGCGAUGUCGAUAGUGGUGGCCAUGUUGGCCGGAUUUCUCGAGGUUAAUGAGGUCACCUCAAGGCCUAGUUAUUUAACAGAAUGCCACUUCAAAGAUAUAAGCAGUAAUUUGGCUAGUGCUGGUUUUUGCAAAUCAGCAGACCUGAGAGAGACGAAUAGCCAAGUUAACGUGCCAUCAAAUCCAGAUAAUGUGAAUCUGUGAUUUAAAUGGGGACUAGUCCUUCAGCUAAUGCGCUAUUAAGGGAAAACUCUGUUGGGAGGAAGAGGAUCCCACUUGUUGUAAGGUCUGUUUGGGAUGGCUGUAAUUUUUUGUAAAGACAGUUGCAAAGUUAGUAUAGAAAAAAUAUGCAUUUUGAAGGCUGCCAUUCUCCGACCUGGAAAAUUAUAAAGAUGGGGGCUUUGUUCCUUAAAAGAAUUGUU